CAAGGCUGAGUGAAAACGACAGAGUUUCCUUAUAGGUAAAGCAGAGAAUGCUGAUUCGAUUCCUUAAGCCACAGGACUCAUAUUUUCUGGCAGUAGGAUAGCUCUGGAGAGUCCUCAGGGAAGGCGGGGAAGACCUCAAAUUUGGACUCAGAGUCUAGAAAAUUACUUGGAAGAUGGCUGGAAAACCCAAACUGUAUUAUGUCAAUGGAAGAGGGAAAAUGGAGUCCAUCCGCUGGCUACUUGCAGCAGCUGGAGUUGAGUUUGAAGAAGAAUUUAUAGAAACAAAGGAAGACUUGGAAAAAUUACGCAGUGAUGGAGUCCUGCUCUUUCAGCAAGUGCCCAUGGUGGAAAUUGAUGGCAUGAAGAUGGUGCAGACACGAGCCAUUCUCAGCUAUAUAGCCGCAAAACACAAUCUCUACGGGAAGGACCUGAAUGAGAGAACACUGAUUGACAUGUAUGUGGAAGGAACAAUGGAUCUGAUGGGGUUGAUGGGGUUACCUCUCAUGCUCCAGACUCCUGAAGGAAAAGCAAAGCAAAUUGCCCUAAUCGUUGAAAGGGCCACAACCCGAUACUUCCCAGUUUAUGAAAAGAUUUUAAAAGACCAUGGACAAAAUUUCCUUGUUGGUAACCAGUUUAGCUGGGCAGAUGUGCAUCUGCUUGAAGCCAUUCUGAUGACAGAGGAGUUGAAGUCUGAUGUUCUUUCCAAAUUCACUCUGCUACAGGCCUUCAAAACAAGAAUAAGCAAUAUUCCCACCAUUAAGAAAUUCUUGCAGCCUGGCAGUCAGAGAAAACCUCCUCCAGAUGAUGAGUUUGUUGCAAAGAUCAAGAAGAUUUUCAACAUCUGA